CAUUGGUUGCAGUUGGCUCGUGUUUUCAAACGAGCAGUGUGGAAACGGUUGCGCCGCAACAGCGCAGCAGAAUCGGCAACGUAUUGGUUGCAGUUGGCUCGUGUUUUCAAACGAGCAGUGCGUGGAAACGAGCAGCGAGAAACGAGUAGUGUGGAAACGAGCAGCGUGUGUAAACGAACAGUGUGUGGAAACGAAAAGUGUAUUGCAACGGCAGCGGACAUCGAGGAUUACAGAAAUGGACGUAGAGGAGACCCAAACCGCCUCCAACACCGUAAGGUCCGAAAUCGCUAUACCCAAAGCGUCGGCUGCACCCGUUGCCGCUCCAAGGACCAGGGUUAUGCGACCACCGCCAUCCGCCGAAGCAGUCAGGGAGAUGAGAGAAGAGCAGCUAUUGGAGCCACAGGGGCCUCCAUGUUGCAGCCUGUGCCAUCGCCCACACGCCCUAAAACGAUGCUCCAUUUUUAAGAGCAUGAAGCCCGCUCAACGAAAACAGGUUGCAAGAGCCCAUGGGCAUUGCAUGACCUGCCUGGCAGAUGACCACGCCACCAUAGAGUGCUGGGCCGACGGCACCUGUCAAUAUUGCCAGAGGCCCCAUCACACUCUAUUCCAUCGUUUUCCGCGCCGAGCCAAUCCGUCGGAAAGUAGCACCAACACACGUACCAGACCACGCAGUGAUGCUAUCCGGCGUCGACGAAGCAGCCAAUCAACCACAACGCGUACACGGCCAUCUCCGCCACGCCACGCUCAUCGUUAG